AAGAGCAGACAGCAGACUAGACGGUCUGAGAAAGCUGCCUCCUGACCUCUAAAAAGUCUGAGAGCAUAAAGAGAGCCACUGGAAUUUACUGCUGAUCUCCAGCUUUGGUUUGCAUCUCCUGCAAAGACAGAUAGGAGAUGCUCCUCUGAGUUCUGCACUGGAUUUUUCUGAAGAUUAUUUGUGUGCGCGUGCGUAAUUUUGUGGACACUUUUGUGGAAGAAAUAUCGAAAGGAUUCCUUUUUUUGCUGUUUGAAGGACUUUGCUCUGAUUACUACUUGUUGGAUCCCAGCGCUGCGUAAUGUGGCUUCUACACGUUUCCAUCGUCGCGCUGUGCGUCGGCGCAGCGCUCUGCACCUGGGAGGAGAGCACGGUGGUGCCGGUCCGGCUGGAGCCGGACCAGCGCGAACCGUGGCGGACUCUGUCGGCGGAAGAGGAGCAGAAAGUCGGGGAGAUGAGGGUCUAUCAGCUGGACGUGUUUGGAAAACAGCUGAUUCUGCGGCUCGAACCUGACCAAACCUUCUUGGCGCCGGGUUUCGUUUUCCAUGUUGUGGGGAGCCCGGAGUCCGUGCCGGCACUGGCUGGAUCCGACAGCGGAUCGGAACCGGGCUGCUUUUUCUCCGGCACCGUGAAUGGAGAGGCGCAUUCCGCCGCUGCGCUCAACCUCUGCCGCGGGCUGAGCGGCGGCUUCUUCUUUGAAGGGAAUGAAUACUUCAUUCAGCCCCUCGACUCCAGUGAGUUGGACCAGGUCCACUCGAUUCGGCGCAGAAGCCGGGCGGCUCACAAGGAGGAAGGGAGCUCCAAGUGCGGGGUCAACGAGGACGAGGAGAGAAUGCCAAAGAAUCCGGGAGAGGAGGCCAGUCACGGAGCCCCUAACGCAGAACAGACAGCUCGCCAAAGAACCAGGCGUUUCGUUUCCACCCCACGCUACCUCGAGAUCAUGCUGGUGGCAGAUCAGUCCAUGGCUGAGUUCCACGGUGCAGGGCUCAAACCCUACCUCCUAACCAUCAUGGCUGUGGCAUCCCGCCUCUAUCGUCACCCAAGCAUCCAUAACUCUAUCAGCCUGGCGGUGGUGAAGCUUCUGGUGGUGUACGAGGAGGAAAAGGGCCCUCAGGUGUCAUCCAACGCAGCCAUGACCCUCCGCAACUUCUGCCAGUGGCAGCGGCAACACAACCCCACAAGUGACCGCCACCCGGAGCACUACGACACAGCGGUGCUGUUCACCAGGACGGAUCUUUGCGGUGCCAAGAACUGUGAUACCCUGGGCAUGGCAGAUGUCGGCACAGUGUGCGACCCUGAAAGAAGCUGCUCAAUAAUUGAGGAUGAUGGACUCCAAGCAGCUUUUACAGUUGCACACGAGCUGGGUCACGUCUUCAACAUGCCGCACGAUGAUGCCCAGCUCUGCUCUGGUGUGAACGGGCCUCACUGGGGAUCCCACAUGAUGGCCUCCACUCUGUCUAACCUGGACCAGCAGCAGCCAUGGUCUCCCUGCUCAGCCCUCAUGAUCACCAGCUUCCUGGACAAUGGCUAUGGCCAGUGCCUGCUGGACAAGCCUGUCAAGCCUCAGCCGCUCCCGCAGCCUCUCCCGGGAACAGUCUAUGAUGUGAACCACCAGUGCCGCCUUAUCUUUGGCGACGACUCCAAGCACUGCCAAGAGCAUAGUAGCACUUGUGCAGUUCUGUGGUGCACUGUGACUUUACCAAGUGGUCUGAUGGUGUGCCAGACCAAGAACUUCCCCUGGGCCGAUGGGACAGCAUGCGGGACCGAGAGCUACUGCCUGGCUGGACAAUGUCUCACAAAGAGCCAGGCUGCCAAACAUCAGACUCCAGUCAAUGGUGGUUGGGGCUUAUGGGGACCCUGGGGCGAUUGCUCCCGAACCUGUGGCGGAGGAGUUCAGUAUUCCUUUCGCUCCUGUGACAACCCUCUACCAAAAAAUGGAGGGAAAUUCUGUGAGGGCAAGAGAAUUCAGUAUCGCUCCUGCAAUACGGAGACCUGCCCAGACACCAAUGGUUUGUCAUUCCGUGAGGAACAGUGUCUGGCCCACAAUGACAUGUCAGCUCAGGUGUCGCUGGGUUCAGGCGAAGGCGUCGAAUGGGUGCCCAAGUAUGCCGGAGUUUCACCCAAAGACCGCUGCAAGUUGGUGUGCCGGGCCAAGGGAACGGGAUACUUCUUUGUUCUCAAACCUAAGGUGGCUGAUGGGACGACCUGCAGCCCAGAUUCUACCUCAGUAUGUGUGCAAGGCCAGUGCGUUAAGGCUGGAUGUGAUCGCAUCAUUGGCUCUAACAGGCGCUUUGAUAAGUGUGGUGUUUGUGGUGGAGAUGGAUCAACCUGCAAGAAAGUGUCGGGCUCCCUCGACCGUGCAAGGCCUGGUUAUCAGGAUAUUAUAACUGUCCCUGCUGGUGCAACCCACCUUGAUGUCAAACAACGUGCUCCAGGGAACGGUCGCAAUGAUAACAGCUACUUGGCGGUGCGUCGUCAGGACGGCACAUAUCUUUUAAACGGCGAUUACAAACUGAUGACCAUGGAGACAGAUAUUGCUAUGAGAGGAGCUCUGUUGAGGUACAGUGGCUCUUCUGCCACCUUGGAGCGGCUUCGCAGCUUUGCGCCGCUCCCUGAGCCUCUUACUAUCCAGGUGCUGUCAGUGGGGGAAGCCCCAAGACCUCGCGUGAAGUACAGCUAUUUUGCACCUAGACCCAACAAUGGAGCUUCAGCCUCCAAUAACAACGGGGCUCGCCGGCAGUCAAUCAACGCCAUCCGGGAUGUAGGCACAGCCGACUGGACUCUGAGGGAGUGGGGCAUGUGUUCACAAACCUGCGGAGGUGGCAUUCAACAAAGAGAGGUUGUGUGUCUAGACCCACAGGGACGACCAUCCUUGGACUGCCCUGAAGAGCUUCGUCCUCUGGCCUCACGGCCCUGCGCUUCCCAAGAAUGUCCAACUUGGCUGCUGGGAGAGUGGUCAGGGUGCUCUAAGACCUGCGGCCGGGGAUUCCGCAAGCGUCAGUUGAGCUGCAUUGGGCACAAUGGCCGUACGUUAACGAAUGACAGCUGUGACUCUAAAAACCAGCCACGGCCCCUCUUGGAACUGUGCAAUCAGACCGCCUGCUAAGGACUGCGUCCACCAGCUGACCUCUCCACUUCCCAACUUUCUGAGACAAAGUCCCGUCGCCAAUGCCUUCCUUUUCCCACGGACACUCUAAAAGGGCUAAUGAAUGUUUACAUGAACAACGAGAAGGCUUCUGGUGACUGUGACGUUUACCCUGCCGCCAAAUGUACAACAGUGGUGAUGCAGCAACAUCAACAGCUUUAUACCCGGCAGCAGAGGCACAUGAGAGGAAGAAACCAGCACAUUCCUGAGUUUCCUAAAACAGCAUGCUGUGUACCAUGCUGUUGUCAUAUCUCCGUGUGAGUGACUGUGUGAGUGUUGCAUUAGCUCAAGUAUCUUUGUCCAAGCUGGGCUGGACAGAACAAGGAGAUCUGGGGUUUGAUAGUUCAAUGAAAAAGAAAAGUAACAGAAUAACCUUCAUUCUUAACCCAUCAGGUAUGGAAAAUAAACAGCGUUUAAAGUCACUUUUAUUUAUCGCAAACAUAAAGCACUUCUUCUUUGUCUGUUUUUUUUUUUUAACCAGUGGCACAUCGUUAUCAAACAGUUUUUCAACAUGUCUCAGUACUUUCUACUAGCCAUAUCUUGCCCUCGUCUACUCAUUGUGUUGUGAGGAAAACUUUGAAAGACCAAAGAGGAGUGUGUAUGUGUGUGUGUGUUUGUGUGUGUUAAGACCUAAAGAGGGACUUGUCUCCUACAACUACUUCAUAAGUAAGUCUCUCGUGCCUUCUGCGAAGGCUUGUUUUCACUUGUUCUCUUUCGGUUUUGUACAGAAUAUUCAGACUUUAUUUAUUUUUGUACAGCCUGGUAAAUAUAAUCAUGUUGCUUUUCUAAAAUAAAAAGUUAUUUUCUAUUUGUUUUAUUGAGAUCACAGAAGGAAGUAGAAUAUUCAGAGUAUUUAUACAGUGUUAUAAAUAUAUAUAUAAGGUCCUAGGUUCAUGAAUAAAGCGUUGCAUUGACUUGUGCA